ACUUUGAAGUCAAAAAAUUAAGUAGUCCCUCGUCUAGGGUUGGUAGUCCCUCGUCUAGGGUUAAUAAACUUUCGAGCGAAAUUGCCCAAUUUCUUCCCUGAUUCUACGAAUCCUUGAAGAAUUUUAAUCAAUUUCCCAAGAUUGAUCCCAUGGCAGACAAGUUGCUCAAUGAUUUCGAAAAAAUAAAACUGACGGAAGAGGAAUCGAAGGUAAUUGGAGAACGGUUGAUAGCAUCGGAGGAUGAAGGCACAAAAAAUCAAAUUGCUCUAUCGUUAGUAGGGAAACUGCUCACAUCCAAACAUUUCAAUGUGGAGGCAAUGAAACGCACGUUAACAUCGGUCUGGAAACUGCAUAACAAUGUUGUGAUCAAAAUGGUGGAGUCAAAUCUCUUUGUUUUCCAGUUUUUCAACGAUGUGGAUAAGGAGAAGCUCAUUGAUGGUAGUCCGUGGUUCUUCGAUGGCAAACUUCUUCUGCUGAAGGAUAUCGAUGGUGAAGAGCAACCAUCGGAAGUAGUUUUUCAGUACGUCCCUAUGUGGGUGAGACUCCUAGAUGUUCCUUUUAGUAAGCGUAACAGAAGGAAUCUAACUGAGAUUGGGGACUUCUUAGGUAUAUUCUUGGAGAUUGACGAAACUGAGCCCUUAGGAAUAGGGGAAUUUAUGCGGAUGAAGGUGAUGAUCGAUAUUGAUAGACCGUUACGACGGGGUUUAUUCCUAGUAGUUGGUGCAUCGGCAUCGAAGUGGAUCUCUUUAAAAUAUGAAAGGCUGGAGGAUUUUUGUUUCUUUUGUGGGAGGCUGGACCAUACAGAAGGUACUUGUAGUUUUAAGGAUGAGAUAAGGGGGGAGGGGGAUGACAUCGUCUAUGAAUACGGACCCUGGCUCCCUACUUCGCCUAGGAGACCUAUUCAGAAAUCAGAAUAGGAGAUUGCAAAUGAAAAGAGGUGGAA